UAACUAACAUCUCGUCGCAAUUCACUUGUCGUUCCAACAGGGACAGUAAAAUAGCAUACGUGUGGUUUUUUUUAACGUUCAAGAAACAUUAAAAUAUUCAUAUCUUAAGUGACGUUCAGGUUUGUUGGCGCUGCGCUAUUUUCGCCUUUUUGUCCCCCAACCUCGGCUCGACUCGAAUGCUAACGUUAGCUGGGGCUCUUUGAAUACUAGCCACAUCGAUGCUAAUUUGAGCCCGGUUCGUUUGUCGAAGUGUAUGACAGCCACACUCGACCACGCAGCGCUGAAGAUGGCAGACUUAUCAACGCUUGAGAGCCUUUUGGAGAUGGGCUUCGACCGGAACAGAGCAGAAAGGGCUGUGGCCAGCACUGGGAACCAGGGGAUCGAACAAGCUAUGGACUGGUUAAUGGAGCACGAGAAUGACCCGGACAUCGACGAGCCGUACAAGGCUCCGGUUCUGGAAGGACUGGACAAAGACCAGUCCGGCACACAGGAGCCUUUGCUCGGGGACACAGCGGGAGUUGCGAGCGGAGAAGGCAGCCAGAUUGGUGAGGCUGUUAGAAAGCCCAUGACAGAAGAGGAGAAACAACAGCAAGUCAAAAGGCUGGAGGAGCUGAUGCGGGCAAAACAGGCAGAGCGGAGAGAGCGCGAACGUGCCGAGGAGCUGGAGAAAGAAAAGCAGCGGAGGAAGCAAGGCCAAGAGCUACAGCAGAUUCGCAAUAGGCUGCAAGACGACGACAUGAGGAAGCUGACCGAGCUACGGCAGCGAGAGAAGAUGGAGGACAAGUUGGCCAGGCAAAGGGUUAAAGACAAGAUAGCACGAGACAGGGAGGAGAGAGCACAAAAGUUUGGAGGCGGAGGAACCUCAAGCACAAGUACUACUUCGGUCCAGCCCAGCCCAUUGUCACCCACCACUCAGGGCCCACCCCCCAUUAAGAAAGAGUAUGACGAGUCCAGAAUACAGGUGCGUCUGCUUGAUGGGUCCACCAUCACGGCGGUGUUUAAGGCCCAGGAGCCGCUGGCGGCGGUACGCGUCUACGUGCAGGUGAACGGCAACACGCCGGAGGGUCAGGACUUUACGCUGCUGUCCCCUUACCCCCGCCACGUCUACACUGAUAUGGAUAUGGAGAAGCCCCUCAAAGAGCUGGGCUUGGUGCCUUCAGCUGUGCUGGUUGUUACCAAAAAGUAAGUGAGUUUAGGGAGAGCAAUCUGCUUCCUGAGCCUACCUCACCACCUCUACUACAUUUCCGGAAGAAAUAGACUGAACAGUACACCAAGGCUUUAGUUUCAAUCUGUCAGUCAGUGUACUGGACUAACGAUGAAGGUUAAAUUUAUGUUAUCAGUCAUAUCAGCAAAGGCUUCAAAGAAAACUGGUUGUUUGGCUGGUUGAUUUCACUGGAUGUUUGUUUUGGAUGCAGUGAUUAAAGAUGUACAUAGUAAAGCUAGCUGGCAUCUGAUUGGUGUCAAAAAGGUCAACGCCAAACAUCGUUUCCACCAGAUUCUUCCAUGGUAAACUAUCUUCACUUGCUUAUUUAAAAGGGCCUUAAAAUGAGUUCACAAUUUACUGAUUUUGUGAGAUUCUACUUUGCCAGUUUUUAUAAGUCAGAAUAUAUUGACAAGUAUGUCUGCAUAUUUGACUUCAAGAAUUGACUUUAAAUAAAGCUGACUUGGAGAAUU